GAUUUGACGUGUUGAGCAUUUUAUAAUGAAUUUAACCUUAAAAAUUCAAUAUAGUUCAAAAUGUUUACUAGGGGUGCAGGUCUUAACGUAAUACGUAUUUUGAGAAAUAUCACUACAAUAGCAGAGAAUAAUUCUGCGACUGUGGCUUCAUCCUUGGAAACUUUAAAAAAUAAGGAUACUGAAUUAACUAGAACAGAAAGUCUUAGAAGUAAACCGCAAAGAAUGGAAAUUUCAGAGAUUUCAAAAAUAUUAAGGCCUGGAGCUUUAUCAAGCGUAUACGUUAAUAAAUCUGAAAUUCUACAAGAGUUAGUGAAAUUAGGAACCAAAUUGUAUGUAAUAGAGAAAGAACCAGAGGCUAUAAAAUUGAUAUUAAGCCUUAAAUUUGACGAUAUUAAAGAUACUAUUAUAUUUCUUAAAGAUUUAGGAAUAGAAAUUGAGGAUAUUGGUAAUUUAAUAACAAAAAAUCCUUUCAUUUUCAAAGAAAAUUUAGAAGAUUUAAAAGUUAGAAUAAAUUAUUUACAGUAUAAAAAAUUUACUAGUGAAAUGAUUGUGAGAAUUAUUAGCAAUAAUCCUUUUUGGUUAUCACACAGUACUGCAGACAUUGAUAACAGAUUAGGAUUUUACCAAAACAAUUUUAUGCUUUCUGGAAAUGAAAUUCGUUCAUUAACAACUAAAUGUCCUAGACUUAUCACUUUUUCUUUAGAUAGUGUUAAAUGUAAUAUUUUCUCAUUAAAAGAAGAAAUGGGUUUUACACCUGAGGAAAUGAAAUUAAUUAUUCUUAGAAGGCCACAAUUAUUUAAAAGUGGACGGUAUAAACUAUUGCAGACAUUCGACUAUUUACACAAUAAAAUGAAAAUACCCUUGGAAACAAUUGUUGAAUCACCCGAAAUUCUCUCUUGCAGGGAGAGGAGAUUAAGGGAAAGACACUUGUUCUUGGUAAAACUUGGUAAAAAUCAAUAUAGUCCCAAAAAGCCGAAUUAUAUUGGAUUAAAAACUUUAAUUUCUGGAACAGAUGCAUAUUUUAGUACAGAAAUUGCGAAUUCUAGUGUGCAAAUGUAUAAUGAAUUUUUAAAAAGUUUGUAAAUAUAAUCUUUCAUAUUUUACAA